AUGGCCUCCCCUAAGAGCUUUCAGACCCUGGUUCAGCUGAAGCACAAACAAGGCACCUUAUUUGAAGUGGCCAGAGACUCCAUCAAGCUGCCCAAGUGGUUCCACGCCGAGUACCUGGAUGAGCCAAAGUCAGUGUACGUGGAGCCUUGGCUGCUGGAAACGAUGUUUGGUAAGAACGGAGAGUACAUCCCGCACGUCGAGUGUGUGACGCAUACUCUGAUUCACGUCAACCUGUGGGACCCUCAAGAGGACGCUGAGAUUCUGAUAUUCGGGCCGCCUGAUCUCCAAAAGGACGUUUUCCAGAUGAUCUCCAACUUGGUUGACUAUUUCUACAAGGAAGCAAAGGAAAGUGAGUAUGGGUGGAGGGAGGCUCAGAAGGCUGUCAUCCUGUCUGCUCCCUCGGAGGUCCGUGAGGCCGCCACCCAGCUGGCUCCUGUCGAAGGCCGUGAGGCUGCCACACAGACAGUUCUCCUUGAAGUCCGUGAGGUCGCCGUCCAGCUGGCUCCUGUCGAAGGCCGUGAGGCUGCCACACAUACAGUUCUCCUGGACGUCCGUGAGGCCGCCGUCCAGGCGUCUCUCACGGGGGUCGGUGAGGCUGCCACGCAACAGUCUCUCGUGGAGGUUCUUGAGGCUGCCACACAGCAGUCUCCCGUGAAGGUUGGUGAGGCUGUCACCCAGAAGUCUCUCGUGGAAGUCCGUAAUGACGCUACCCAGCUGGCUCCCGUGGAGGUUGAUGAGGCUGCCAGCCAAUCCAGGUUUCCUGCAUCCAAGUGCCAGAGCAGCUACCCACAGGUGCUCCAGUCCAACCUCAGAGAUCGUGUCAACUGGACCUGCACUGUCCCUCCUGGCGGCAGAUGGCCUCAGGCCUUCUCUUUCCAGACUUGGCCAACAUUCCAGCCUUUUGGCCCCUAA